AUGUCAGCAGUUCGACACGUAUUUCCAGCUGCUAAGCAUUCAGGCUGCUUAUUCCAUUUCACGCAAUGUAUCCAUCGCAAAAUAAUGAGCUUAGGCUUAGGUGCUGAUUACGCUCAAGUCGUAACGAUACGUCAACAAUGCAAGGAAUUAAUGGGUCUAAGCUUAAUGCCGAUUUGUGAAGUAAAACAACAAUUCAAACGUAUUCGAGAAAUAUCAUCUUCAUCGUUAGAUGAUUUAUUUGAAUACUUUGAACGUCAAUGGAUAAAAGGUAUGUGUUCCCCUAUCAAUGUGGAAUUCGAAUGA